AUGAUCUGUACCUCCGUUGUUUGUGGUAAAGAAACCACAAGUAACUUGAAAUGUCCUGUUUGUCUUAAACAAGGCAUUGAAAGUGUUUUCUGUGAUCAAACCUGUUUCCGUACCAGUUGGUCUCAACAUAAAUUCAUUCAUCCACAAGAAGAUGACCAACCUUACAAUCCAUUCCCAAGUUUCAAUUAUCGUGGUGAUCUUAGACCUACCUAUCCUUUAAGUGCCCGUAGAGCCAUCCCCAAACAUAUAAAGCUCCCUGAUUACGCCAAGGACGGUAAACCAAUCAGUGAAAUCAAAAAUGACAGAUUAGGUAAAAUUCCUACCUUGAGCCCUAAAGAGAUAGAUAAGAUCAGAAAAGUUGGUAAGAUUUCUAGAGAAAUUUUAGAUAUUGUUGCUGGUCACGUGAAACCGGGUGUUACAACUGAUGAAUUAGAUGCUAUAUUACACAAAGAAUGUAUCAAAAGAAAUUGUUAUCCAUCACCUUUGAAUUAUUACAAUUUCCCUAAAAGUUUCUGUACUUCAAUCAAUGAAAUCAUUUGUCACGGUAUUCCUGACCAGACGCCAUUAAAAGAUGGUGAUAUCGUUAAUUUAGACGUAUCCAUCUAUUACCUUGGGUUCCAUUCGGAUUUAAACGAAACCUAUUAUGUGGGAGAUAAAGCUAAAGCUAAUCCAGAAUUAGUCAGAUUAGUUGAAACCACUCGUGAAGCUCUUGAUUUGGCUAUAGCCGCCGUUAAACCAGGUUUAGCGUUUAGAGAAAUCGGUAAUAUUAUUGAAGCUCAUGCUACUAAAAAUAAUGUUUCUGUGGUUAAAACUUAUUGUGGUCAUGGUACAAAUACAUUAUUUCAUUGUCAACCUAAUAUUCCUCAUUAUGCUAAAAAUAAAGCUAUUGGGAUUGCAAAACCAGGUAUGGUGUUCACCAUUGAACCUAUGUUGAAUUUAGGUACAUAUAAAGAUAUUACAUGGCCAGAUAAUUGGACAUCUUCUACUCAAGAUGGGAAAGCUUCAGCUCAAUUUGAACAUAUGAUGUUGGUCACUGAAGACGGUUGUGAAGUUUUGACAGCCAGGACGGCAACUUCACCUGGAGGACCAGUAGCUAGAAUAUAA